AUGGCGUCUCCAAGCGCUGGGCCGGCGGAGCUGGGCUUCGUGGAGGCGGCGCCAUCGUGGCGGCUGCGCAGCGAGCAGUUCCCCAGCAAAGUGGGCGGCCGGCCGGCGUGGCUGAGUGCGGCUGGGCUGCCCGGGCCUCCGGAGCUGGCCUGCCCGCUGUGUGGCCGCCCGAUGGCCUUCCUGCUGCAGGUGUACGCGCCGCUGCCAGGCCGCGCCGACGCCUUCCACCGUUGUCUCUUCCUCUUCUGCUGCCGGACGCCACCGUGCUGCUGCGGCCUGCGCGUUUUCAGAAAUCAGCUGCCCAGAAGAAAUGACUUCUACUCCUAUGAGCCACCUUCUGAGGAUCCUCCGUCAGAGACAGGAGAGUCUGUGUAUCUCCAGCUCAAGUCUGGUGCACAUCUCUGCAGAGUUUGUGGCUGUUCAGGCCCCAAAAGAUGCUCCAGAUGUCACAAGGCACAUUACUGCAGUAAGGAGCAUCAGAGUCUGGAUUGGCGAUUAGGACAUAAGCAGGCUUGUGCGCAGACAGAUAAUUUGGGCAAUACAGUUCCAGAUCACAACUUCCUUUUUCCAGAAUUUGAAAUUGUAAUAGAAACAGAAGAUGAGAUUAUGCCUGAAGUUGUGGAACGAGAUAAUGAAUCAGAGAUUAUAGGAGGCAUGGGUGAAGCACAUGAGGAAGACUUGGAAUCCAUGGCAAAACAUGAAUCUAAGGAAGAUAAAAUUUUCCAGAAGUUUAAGACUAAAAUAUCCCUUGAACCAGAACAGAUUCUCAGAUACGGCAGAGGGAUUGCCCCGCUCUGGAUCUCUGGUAAAAAUAUCCCUCAAGAAAAGGAUAUUCCAGAUUGCCCCUGUGGUGCUAAGAGAUUAUUUGAAUUCCAGGUCAUGCCUCAGCUGCUCAACUACCUGAAGGCGGACAGACUGGGCAGGAGCAUCGACUGGGGCGUCCUGGCCGUCUUCACCUGUGCUGAAAGCUGCGAACUGGGCAUUGGCUAUGCAGAGGAGUUUGUUUGGAAGCAGGAUAUAACAGAUGCAGCCUAA